AUGUCUGUAAAAUUUAUUAACUAUAAGAAAUUUUUUGAAAGGGAUCCGCAAUUCAAUGAUUUGACUAAUAUUCGUAUAGAUUAUGUAUGGGAAAUAUUUCAUGAAAUUUCUGUCAUUUUUGAAUCCGAGUCUUUUGAACAAAUAGCACAAAUAAUCCAAGACAAUAAGUUACUUACUCCACAAGAAAAGAAAUUUAUUAAAGACUCACUUAUUAAAGGACGAAAUGUAUCUGGAAGAAAAACAAAUAUAUUAAAUGCUUUAUGCGUACGUUGUCAAUCUGAGUUAUCUGCAGAGUUUUCUUGUCUUGAAUGUAUUAAACAGCAUAUUAAAAGUAACUUUUCUAAAUGGACAUCUGGAGAUAAAAACUUUGAUUUGUUGAUCCAAUAUUUUCAACUUAGAUAUUAUGCUAGGACAAAUAAAGUUAUUGAAUGGGUACCUUUUGAAAGAUUUCAAAAUAUUGAAGUUAAAGCUACUGGAGGAUUUGGAAUUGUAUAUGUUGCUAAGUGGUUAGAUGGUUCAAUAAUUAGUUGGGAUGCGUAUAAACAAAAGUUUUUAAGAGGUAGACCUGGUCCAUUUAUAUUGAAAUCAAUGAAUACUAAGAAUAUUGAAAACAUAAAUAUAAAUUUUUACAAAGAGAUUACAUUAGCCCUUAAUAUAUGUAAUGGUACUCGUCCUGAAAUUAAUUUUAGACUUCCUUCUGAUUAUGAAGAAAUGAUGAAAAGAUGUUGGAAUGCUGAUAUUUCAUGUAGACCAAGUGCAUCUGAACUUUUAAAAUUUUUCACAACCAAUUUACAAAAGAUAUAUAAAAAUGAAUUGAUUAUUCCAGAAUUAGAUGACAGUUUGCUGGUUACAUCCGACAAUGAUCUUACUCCAAAAAUUAUUAAUACAG